AUGGGUUCACGCUGUGCCAAGCUUAGCACUGGCCACGGCCGGAGCCACGAAUCCUCUAUGAAGAAGCUCAUGGCCUGUGUGAGUCAGGACAACUUCUCCCUGUCAUCAGAGGGUGAGGAGGAGGCGGCGGAAGAGGAGGAAGAGGAGGAAGAGGCGGCGGUGGAGGAGGAGGAGCUGCCGGUGCAGGGCAAGCUGCUGCUGAUGGAGACGGAGCAGCAAGAGGAGGGCACCGAAGAAGGCCCCAUGGACCAGCUGAGCCCCAAGCCCAAGCCGUCGCACUCCUGA